GUUUUGCGGAAGACACUCCAGCAUCCUAGUUACAGCGGAAUAGUCGAGUUGUUUAUUCAGAUAGAUGUGUUUUUAUUUAUCGAUGAGUUGUGUAGAAGAGUUUAGAUCUUAUUUACGGCUAUUUGGUGUUUAUGUUUAGUGGAUUUUGUGAUUAAAGAGAGUGAGUAUGAGUGGGUUGGAGGUGUUUCAUGAGAAGCAGAGGUUGGAGCUGUGUGCUAUUCAUGCCCUGAACAAUGUGCUGCAGGAGAGAGUGUUUACCAGAGAGGCAGCGGAUGACAUCUGCAAGCGCCUUGCCCCACAGUGUGUGGUGAACCCACACCGUUCUGUGCUGGGUACAGGGAACUAUGACGUGAACGUGAUUAUGGCAGCUCUCCAGAGUCGUGAACUGGCUGCAGUGUGGUGGGACAAACGUAGGUCAGUGCAGAGUUUGUGUCUGGAGAAAGUGCAAGGUUUUAUUUUGAACGUCCCGUCGCGGGUAUCGCUGGGAAUCGUGUCCCUCCCACUGAAACGCAGGCACUGGCUAGCAGUUCGGCAGGUCAAUGGGCAGUACUACAACCUGGACUCGAAGCUCAAGAGUCCUGUUUGGAUCGGAGGAGAAACAGAACUCAGGUCAUUUCUCAGUGAGCAGUUGUCUCAGGAUGUUGCCGAGAUGCUUCUUGUAGUCCAAAAAGAAGUGGAGGAGGAUGGAACUUGGCUUAUUUCGGAUGGCUGCGAGAACUGAAAUCUCAGGGCAGGAAGUUCACUCAGACUGUUCAUGCACAAUGCAGAAAAGUGUUUUGUUUUUUUUGUUUUUUAAAACAGGACGAUCCUGUGCAGAGCAUCACUACCAAAGAGGAAGGAAGCACUCCUAGAUGGUCACUUGGACACAGAGGAGUUGAAUUAAACGGUUAAUUUAAGGGACAUGAUCACUGCUGAAAAGGAGAAAAAGAUGGGGAUUUUUUUUUUCUCCCCCAACCAAGAAUUGAGGCAGGAUAGCUGUAUAUUGCGCAGACUGCUCCAGCCGCAUCACCUGCCUCUGUUCUUUCUCCCUCUCAUUUCAGUUCUCUCAGGAUAUGCGCUUGAGAUUUAAAAAUCCCAUUUGAGUCUUCUUUGUUCUGCAUCUAUGCACUGCACUGCUGAGGUUGAUGAAGGCGUGUAUCUACAGUAACUAUGCACAGAAAUGCUAAAACACGGUCUUUGUAAAUAUAAUUAAAGUUGUGAGAUGUUUCUGUUCACCCAGCUCUGCAUAUUUUGGGGAACUUUUUCUCUUGACUCUUCCUUUUAUUUGCUUAUGUUACUUUUCUCGGUUUGUUCAUGUCUCCGAGAAUACAAGUGGAAUGAAAUAUUCACUCAAAGUGACUGUUAUUUAAAAAAAUAAAGUGAUGUUUCCUCACUCUGUGAA